GGCCAAAUUCAUUCCUGGAGUUGCUUGAUUGAACACCGUGCAUUUACACUGAGCACAGAUUUGGCUCAUACCUGACUUUGUCAGCAUUCACUGUGCUGUAACUAAGUAACAAGAACACUGUCAUUAAGGGACAGAUGAAUAGCUUUCUCAAAGAUUAUUAGAGCACUGAGUACCUUUAAGGAGUGCAGAAAUAUGUGAAAGGAGGAGUUGGGGAAAAGGACACCGCUCCUUUUAGAGUCUGUGUAACAGAACUGAUAAGCUAUUCCUGUGAUGUGAUCGAAUGUGACUGAAUACUGCAGGCUCUUGGACUCUUAUUCUAUAAAAUCCACAUCAGAGCAGCACAGGAAAAGAUCGGAGGGAACAGCUUCUGCUGUACUGAGAAAGAUGCUGGAGAGCUCUUCAGUCCUUUUGUUCAUUGUCUUCAUCCUGCUUUUCGUUUUGCUGGUCUUUGUGGUGCUCAUCAGGAAAAACGGCACUGCAGCCCUUAUCUGGAAUGAAAUAAUCCGGGAGAAAAUAACCAAUUUCAUCAUGAAUCAGAGCAAAGAGCAGAGGAUUUUAAAUUUCGUGCUGCAGAAUGCAGUCCGAGGAGACCCCUGUAGUGUGCUGGACACUAUAGAUAAGUACUGCUCCCAGAAAGAGUGGGCCAUGAAUGUGGGCGAUGAGAAAGGUUUAAUUCUAGACAAGACAGUGGAAGAGGUCAACCCAUCAGCUGCACUUGAGCUGGGAACAUACUGUGGCUACUCAGCAGUUAGGAUUGCUCGGCUACUGAAGGCAGGAGCUUAUCUUCUCACUGUGGAGUUCAACCCAGAAUUUGCUGCUAUAGCUAAACAGAUGAUUGAGUUUGCUGGAGUACAAGAUAAGGUAAAACUCCUAGAAGGCCCUUCAGAGGAAAUAAUCCCCCAGCUGAAGAAAAAAUAUGAAGUGGAUACUCUGGAUUUUGUCUUUCUGGACCACUGGAAAGACAGGUACACACCAGACACCGUCCUACUUCAGGAAUGCAACUUGCUGAGGAAGGGCUCGGUUCUUCUGGCUGACAAUAUCAUCUUCCCAGGAGCUCCAGAAUUCCUUAACUAUAUCCGCAACAACCCCCAUUUCCAAUGCACUAACUACCCAUCUCAUCUGGAAUAUAUGAAAGUGGGGGAUGCUAUGGAAAAGGCUGUAUUUUUGGGAUAAAGACAGCUAUUAAUACUCAACCUUUGUUUCAAAUGACGUAAAUGCAACUGUACGGGUUAACUUGUCCAUGCUUUAGAUUUCGGGGGUUUUUUUAUUUUGGAGCCUGUAAUUAAAGCAAGCGCUAGUGGAGAUCAUUGUAGGCCAGGUGGAAACCAAGGUCAGGAGUAAGUAGGGUAACUGCUCAAAGGUCUGUUCCAUUGUUUCACAUAAUUCAGCAAACCCAAGGUGAUGCACAUUGCCUUGCCUUGACCAACACAUCAUCGAACAACACACUCUGUCAUUUUGAGCUCAGACCCAAACAACCACAGUUUGGGCUUAGGGUAGGGUGGAGAAAGUCGGUGCAACUUCUGAAGACUUGUGUCCCCAAGCUAAACUGAAUAAUCAUUAUCAAAAGUGGAAAAAAGCAUGCGUGUUGCAAGAAAAGACCAUUUCAGGAGCCCUGAUUUUGCAAAAUUACUAGCGUGCCACUUAAUGCAGUGAAGGCUCCUAUGGUUAUAUCAGAUAUAUUUUUGCAUAUUUACUGCAGAAGUUAAUAAUCUCUAUGCUAGAGAAAAGGGCAUGCACUGAAAGAAGACUGACCCGUACAUGAUGAGAAAAUAAAACAGAAUUUUGCAGAAGACGAACAAAUAAAAUUAUUAAUCUGCCCAUGCAGAGGUAAGGAAAACUGAAGUAGUAAAUAGAUUAAAAUAAACACAGUAACAGACAGAUAACAAAAGGAGCAGGCUCUUUCAAAAAAACUGCCAAAAAUACAUAAUACCAGAGACCUUGAGAAAAUGCUGUUUAUCCCCUCAUAUUUACUCACCUCUCAUUAUGUUGUAUAUAUAUAGUGUGUGCUUUUUAGGGGCAGGGCAAGCUGCUUACUCUGAAGUACUAUGUAUGUUUAAGAUGCUGUAUAAAAAUAAAGACCAGAGAAUGGGUUUUGCCAGGUGGGUCCUACACAACCUGGUUAACCUCAGUGGUGUUAGCACUAUGUGAAUACUGAGGGUUGUCACUGAGAAGAUACAAAGCCAAAUCUGAAGUCUCUAACUCACCUGAACAAUGCAAAAAUCCACUGGCAUUUCCUAGCAUGUCCUGCUGUGAUUAUAUAAUGAGGCAAUGGUUGCAUUUAUAAAUAAAAACUAAAAAACAAUA